AUGUCGUUGCCUGUAUUGUCGCAAAGAUCGGAGUUUCAGUCAACAAGAGGCAUACACAAGGUAACUGAUCUGUGUAUGAAAGAAGUGGCGGGCGAACCAAACAAUCGGGGUGAUGAUGGCUUCAUUGGUGACUCGCCUUUCGAAAGAAGAGCAAAAGUUCUCAGCAUAGGCAAAGGAUUCACCAUCGCACUCCAAUAUUCAGGAGUUGGAGUGAAGAAAAUCAUGGGUGACGUCAAACCAUUUACUGAAGUCAAGUCUUAUUUUGCCGAUGCCAAGUUUUACAUGGAUGAAGACAUGGUAACUGAAGUUAUUCCAGUUGAGGUUCACUCAACAAGUAAGGCCAUACCAAGAAGAGAUGAGCAUUCAAAGUGCCUUUCCACUGAAGAGAAUGGCGAUAAGAAAUCAAAAAGCACUUCGUUUGGACAAAUGGGUUCAUCACCGAUAGAUUCACAGUAG